AUGAUCACCAAUGUCACCGACCUACAACAUGGAUACCCCACGCCCGCCCACUCCCCCAACGAGGGCGAGGUGACGUGCUGGCUGCUCGACACCCGCGACCUAUGGCCCGGCGACAACAUCUCCACCGCCAAAGGGGCGGCCGAAGCCCUCUCCCUCGUCUCCGUGCAGGAGCGGAAUGCGAUUAGGGGUAAGAUGUUUGUGCAGGAUGCCCGGAUGAGCCUGGCCUCGGCGCUGUUGAAGCGACUGUUCAUCAGUCGCACGCUGGGCAUCAAAUGGGACGAGGUCCGCAUGGCACGCAAGGGAAACGAGAAGCAUGGCAAGCCGUGCGCGGUGGACAACGUCGGCCGCCCCAUUGCCGGCAUCGACUUCAACGUGUCGCAUCAGGGCGGUCUGGUGGCGCUGAUUGGCUUCAACGGCCGCUCGAGCCACGAGUACACCCCGUCCGGCAUGGUGUACGGCAUGAUCUCCCCCACCACCCAGCCAGAGGAAGUCAUGUGCGGCGUGGACAUUGUCUGCGUGAAUGAGCGGGACGACUACCGCACCAUUGACGCCGAGGGCUUCGACGGCUGGGUCGACAUCUACGACGCCGUCUUCUCCGGCGAAGAGCGGUGGAGCAUGAAGUAUGAUGUUGACUACGUGACGCUCUACGACGGCACCAUUCUCAACCGCGACGCCAUUGGCCGCCACGACCGGUGUAUUGCGCGCGAUAAGCCACUCACCAUCACCACCCUGUCCGGCCAGGACUACUCCUUCUCCUCCGAGCUCAUCUUGGAGGCCAAGCUUCGUCGCUUCUACACCUACUUCUGCUACAAAGAAUCCUACAUCAAGCUCGCCGGUGAGGCUCUCCUAGCCCCAUGGCUCAAGCAGCUAGAGUUCUUCAACGUCCGCUCUCCCAAGCCCGGCAUGGAAGCUCGCUGCUCCACGCACGGCAGGUGGGGUGAGGAGGUCGAGGACGUGGAAGUGCACAUGCACGGCCGACCCGUUUCCGACGUACGGAUGAAAAUCCAGGCCUUUGAAGAGAACUUUAUGAUCUCCACCGCCAUCCAAGGCGACAUCCAGGGCCUCAAGGUGCCCGCGUUCAAGAGUCUGAACCUCCAAUCCGACGUCCUCGCCUUCGCCCGCCCUCCCGCUCCUCCGAAGAGGGAAGAGCGAGUCCACAAGCGCAUGGCAUCCGACCCGAUCAUGCUGACCUCCCCACGAAGACCGACCAUCACCGACCCCCUCCUACACACCCUCUACACCCUCAAAGACAUGCCGACUAUGAACGACAAUCCUUAUCUCUACGCCCGCGAGGUGCCGCUGUGUCUGAUGUGA